AUGGCAGCUCAAGCAUCAGCAUCUGGUCUCGAUCGCGAUUUCCUUGACUACUCGGCCCGGAAAGCCUCCUAUAUAGCCAAUAAAGCUGCCGCAUUGAGAAAAACAGCAUCUGCCCCAACAUCACCCUAUAAGGAAGCCUCUGAGCGAAUCAAGCGAAAGCCCUUUGAUUUCCCAGUCUCUCGAAGUUCUUCCAAUUCUUGGCUCGAAGAUUUCUGGGCUUCGGAGACUGGGGCUUUGGUUCUGGAGUUUUGGAUUAAGGUCAAACUAUGGUAUCAAACCGAUGGUGAUCAACUCGGUUAUGUAUUAAUUGCGUAUACGCUUCUUUUCAUUCUGGUAACAUCUUCCAACAUAGAAAAUGAGCAAAGAAAUUUCAAUCUCCUAUCCAAUACGAUUGGUGUCGCUGGCCUAUUCUCAGAAACGAUUGACAAUGGAUAUUUGUUCGAAAGUAUCCCCGUUGAGUUUCGAGGUGCGGGCGCUGAUUUAAGAGCAUAUCAUGAUUUAUAUGCGGAGUCAAGUCGCAAUUCAAGACUUCAUACGCGAGCGGUGAGCAACUUGUUGUCUGAAUUAAAUGGGAUAGAUUACCAUUGGAAGUCAUUUGAGAAUAGUAGGGACAAAGCGGUAACGAGCGUCAAGGAAGAGCUGCAAGCUUCGCGUGCGAUAUUUCAGGCGGAAUAUGAGAGAUUGGGGGGAGCAAAUAGAGAUUGGUUGAUUGGAUUUGGGAAACAAUGGGCGAAAAGAAUUUUGUUGCGCGAUCCCUGGGAAUCAAGAGUGCAUUUUACGGAAAGCAAUUGGAUGAAUGUUACGAUUGAAAUGGAAAACUACAUUGACGUCUGGCGAAACAAAAGAAUACCGGAGCUGAGAUAUAAACUUACCUCCUGCCGGGGAGAUAGGACCGGCGGACUGCCGGGAUUAGUCAAAGAAGUGAAGGAUAGUUGGCCGGCGAAGGAUUCGGCGCCUAAAAGAUUUAAAACCGCACCAGUGUAUGAGCUCGAGGAGGUAGCUAAAAAGGCGAUCAGUCUCUUGGGGCAAGCGGAUGGAAUCUAUAAGGUGUUCUGGCAUGCGAUUGAAACUUUGAAGAAGGGGGACACGAAGAAAAAGUGUGCAUUUGGUAAAAGACGUCUGGAGUCAUUGUUAGGGAAAUUUGACGAAUCAAUCAAGCGAUUGGAGGCGGCGGAAUGGGCAAUUAGGGAGAGGCUAGGUAGUAAGUAUUAUUAG